AUGCUGCAACCCUCUUAUUCGGAUAUUCAAACGACCCAUGGAAUUGAUACUGAACAACGCUCACGUGUAGGCUACUAUGACGGUGCGACGGGGCUAUACGAGUUUGGAUGGGCGCGGUCAUUCCAUUUCUGCCGCUUCUAUAAGGGAGAGGCAUUCCAGGCUGGUCUCGCUCGCCACGAACACUACCUUGCGGCGAAGAUGGGUCUGCGUCCAGGGAUGCGGAUUCUCGACGUCGGUUGCGGUGUUGGCGGACCAGCACGCGAGAUCGCACGUUUCGCCGACGUGACAAUCAUUGGCCUGAACAAUAACGACUUCCAGAUUGGCGCUGCACGGAAAUAUACUAAGCAUGCCGGCCUCGACAACCUAGUCUCGUUCGUGAAGGGCGAUUUCAUGAAGCUCUCCGAGCAGUUCGGUGAGAACUCGUUUGAUGCUGUCUAUGCCAUCGAGGCCACGGUUCACGCUCCGACAUUUGAGGGCGUAUACGGCGAGAUCAUGAAGGUUUUGAAGCCUGGUGGUGUGUUCGGCGUGUACGAAUGGGUCAUGACUGACGCAUGGAACCCAUCAAUCACCUCUCACAAGGAGCUCGCGAACCGCAUAGAGAUAGGCAAUGGCAUCCCAGAGAUGCGACCGCUCGACCAGGCGAGACUGGCAAUGCGCAACGUUGGCUUUACUAUCGAGCAUGAAGAAGAUCUGGCAGAGCGCCCAGACGACAUACCGUGGUAUUACCCACUCGAAGGCGACGUCACCAAAGCGCAGACUGCGUGGGACUAUCUCACCGUCUGGCGCUGCAGUUGGAGCGGGAAAAUUGUGACCCACUACGGUCUGUGGUUCAUCGAGCAACUCGGCGUCGUUCCCAAGGGAACAUGGGAGGUCGGUGAGACCCUCAAAAUUGCUCUUGAUGCGCUAGUGGAAGGCGGAAGAUCCAAGCUGUUCACGCCAAUGUUCCUUGCGAUUUGCAGGAAACCUACCAUCAAAAAUUGA